AGCAGCACUGGACUGAAACUGAAAACCACACAUCUGUCGCCUUGUCACCGGAGGCAUUACAGGAUAGAGACAUGAUGAUGCCUGCCUCUGACCCGUAUCAGAAGCUAGAGCGAAGCUGGCAAACCAAGGGGAGGACUGGAAGCCUUCAGAGCCCCCAGAAAUUUAACAAUCAGGACUUCACCCACCUGAGAGACUACUGCCUGAGCCGAGGCCUGCUGUUUGAAGAUGACACCUUCCCAGCACAUGUUAGUUCCAUUGGUCCCAAUCUGCUCUCAGAAGACAAGCUGAGCCGCCUACAGUGGAAAAGACCAACGAUGAUUGAGAGAAAUCCCCAUUUAAUUGUGGACGGUGUUAGCAGAUUUGAUAUUGUUCAAGGAGAAAUAGGUGAUUGCUGGGUUCUGGCUGCCCUGGGAUCUUUGACGUUACAGAGGCAAUUUCUGGAAAAUGUUCUACCAAAGGACCAAGGAUUCAAAGAGAAUUAUGCCGGGAUUUUUCAUUUCCGGUUCUGGCAUUUUGGAGACUGGGUGGAUGUGGUGAUAGACGACCGGCUGCCUUUUCUCAAUGGGAGAUACCUGUCUGUUCAACCUCGCAGCAGAAAUGAAUUCUGGCCAUCCCUGCUAGAAAAAGCAUAUGCCAAGUUGCGAGGCUCCUAUCAGAAUUUGCACUGGGGUUACAUUUCCGACGCGUUAGUAGACUUGACAGGUGGAGUCCAAGUGCAGUUCCUUUUACAGAAACCUCCUUCUGAUCUGCAGGAGAUAAUAAAAGCAGCUGCCAAAUCACAAUGCCUGAUGGGAUGUACCACGCCAGGAGGGCAAUCCAUUGGUAACGUGGAGUUGAAGAAUGGACUCGUGAAAGGCCAUGCCUAUACUGUCACUGGGGCUAGAGAAAUACCAUACAAGAAUGGCUGGGAAGAUAUAAUCAGAGUGUGGAAUCCUUGGGGUCACGGGGAAUGGAGAGGGCCUUGGAGCGAUAGCUCUCCGCAGUGGGACCGAGUUCCAGUUGAAUAUAAGAAAGAUCUCUAUGACGAUAAGGACGAUGGAGAAUUCUGGAUGUCAUGUCAAGCUUUCGCAGAGCAAUUUUUCUCACUGUGUAUUUGCAAUAACACCCCAUCGUUUCUGGACUUUGGAGAUGAGCGUGGUACAAGGUGGUCCCUGGCCAUGUAUGUAAACCAAUGGGCUCGAGGACUCACUGCAGGUGGAAGCAACUAUCAUAAUGGUGCAUUUUCAAGGAACCCCCAGUACUUUAUCCAAGUGGAGGAGCCUGACCUGAAAAACUAUAAUGUGGUGGUGUCACUGAUGCGAAAACCUGUCAAUAAUAUGCCAGAUGCACAAACAUUGUUCACCGGCUUUUUGAUCUUCAGGGUUGAACCCGAGUUCCAGGGCCUGAGGGACAGAUUGCCAGUUGCAUUUUUCUCUCAGUAUAAAUCCAAAGUUCUGAAGUACGGUUUCAACGUGUCAACCCGAGAUGUCACCAAUUACUUUUACUUAAGCCCCGGGACCUAUGUUGUUGUUCCAGCCACAUCAGAAGAAGGCCAAGAGGCUGAAUUCCUCCUACGAAUCUUCCUGAGGUGCCAAGACUCCAAUGAGGACCUGAAAAGCAGGCUCAGCCCAGUGAUGCCAAAGAACAUACCCAAGCAGAGUCAAGACAACUCCUCUGAAAACGUCUUCCUCAGAUAUGCUACACAGGGUUCAGCCAUCAAUGCCUCACAGCUGCAAAGGCUCCUCAAUGAAGUGUUCCUGAAAGAUCGGCUGGCCAGCCCGGGCGGAGGAUUCUGCUUCGAGUCAUGCAGAGGCAUUUUAGCUCUGAUGGAUCUCAAGUCUAAUGGAAGACUCUCCCUGCAAGAAUUUAAGCACCUCUGGAAACUCCUUGCUAAGUACAAGGACAUUUUCAGGAGGGUAGAGGGAACCGGUUCUGGAUUCCUGGAUGUCUCCGAUUUGAAGAAUGCAGUACAGAGAGCAGGCCUGGCUGUCGAUGACCAGCUCCUCCAUCUGACAGCUCUGAGGUACAGCGAUUCCUCCAUGAGAAUCUGUUUCCCCGAUUUUGUGUGCUGCAUGAUCCGUCUCGAAACCAUGGCAAGUGUAUUUCGCAAUUUAUCAAAGGAUGGAAAGAUUUGCUUCACUGCAACAGAGUGGAUGACUUUUACCAUGUACUGCUAAGGCAGCGAUAUGGCUCUACGUUGCUGGUAAGGAGUCACCUCAAUCCUGUACAAACAGAGGAGAAGAGUUCCUAGCAUGCCAUGACACACCUGUGCUCUAAUGCACUGUCGAACAACCGCAACCACCUACCCUGGGAGACAGUGUGCUGUGAUCAUAGGUAACAGAGAUGAAACAGGAGGCAGUCUGGGCUGAUGCUUAGAGAAAAGGGGACUAGGAAGCAGCAGAAGGCUCCUGAGUUCUUGUUGCCACUGAGCCACUGACUUGUUGUAUGACUUUGGGCAAAGAGACUUGAUUUCCUUAUCAACCCA